AUUUUCUUCGUCCAUCAUUCGAGUUUCUUUCUUUCACGUACUUCCUCAGUAACCAAACAAAGAAAAACCUUAACUUUGCUGAAUAAUUUUAGGCUUUGCAUUGUUCUGGGUAGACGCUGCUGACACCAGUUUGCGAGUAAACACGCAGUGAAUAAUUUUGUGGAUAAGAUUGGACAAAUUUCUGCUUGAGGAUAGUAUUGGAACAUUAUUAUGGAGGAAGAAUCAUCUUCAUUAGGUAAGCGGAGAUCACCUGAAAAAUCAGAGCUAUCAGAUUCUCCAAAGCAAGAAUCUGCUUCAAAAAGAAGAAAUCUAUCACGCACUUGUGUACAUGUUGCUGUUCCAAGCGGUUAUACUUCUACCAAAGACGAAUCUGUUCAUGGGACCCUUUCAAAUCCAGUGUACAACGGGGAGAUGGCUAAAACCUACAAUUUUGAGCUUGAUCCAUUUCAGAAAGUAUCAUUGGCAUGCCUCGAAAGAAACGAGUCGGUUUUGGUCUCUGCACAUACAUCAGCCGGUAAAACUGCAGUGGCUGAAUAUGCAAUUGCAAUGGCAUUCAGAGAUAAGCAGAGGGUUAUAUAUACUUCACCAUUGAAAGCUUUGAGUAACCAAAAGUAUAGGGAGCUACAUCAUGAAUUUCAAGAUGUUGGGUUGAUGACUGGUGAUGUUACACUAUCUCCUAAUGCCAGUUGUUUGGUUAUGACAACAGAGAUUCUGAGAGGGAUGCUUUAUAGGGGGUCAGAGGUUUUGAAGGAAGUUGCUUGGGUAAUUUUUGAUGAAAUUCACUAUAUGAAGGAUAGGGAAAGAGGGGUUGUUUGGGAAGAGAGUAUAAUAUUUUUGCCUCCAGCUAUUAAGAUGGUUUUUCUUUCGGCAACAAUGUCAAAUGCCACAGAGUUUGCAGAAUGGAUUUGUCAUUUGCACAAACAGCCAUGCCACGUGGUGUAUACAGAUUUUAGGCCAACUCCGCUGCAGCAUUAUGUUUUUCCUAUGGGUGGGAUUGGAUUGUAUCUUGUGGUUGAUGAAAAUGAGCAGUUUAGGGAGGAUAAUUUUGUGAAGCUGCAGGAUACAUUUUCAAAGCAAAAGUUGGUUACUAAAAUUAAGGGUGCAAAUGGAAAAGCUAGUGGAAGGCUUGCAAAAGGCGGGAGCGGCUCUGGGGGUUCUGAUAUAUACAAAAUUGUGAAGAUGAUAAUGGAACGGAAAUUUCAACCUGUCAUAAUCUUCAGCUUUAGUAGAAGAGAGUGCGAACAGCAUGCAAUGUCUAUGUCCAAGCUUGAUUUUAAUACACAGGAUGAGAAAGAGGUUGUAGAACAGGUUUUUACAAAUGCUAUACAAUGCUUGAAUGAGGAAGACAGAACCUUACCUGCUAUUGAGUUAAUGUUGCCACUACUUAAGCGAGGAAUUGCUGUUCAUCAUUCUGGCCUUCUUCCAGUUAUUAAGGAAUUGGUAGAACUUCUUUUCCAGGAAGGCCUUGUGAAGGCCCUCUUUGCCACAGAGACAUUUGCAAUGGGGUUAAACAUGCCUGCAAAAACAGUCGUGUUUACUGCUGUUAGGAAGUGGGAUGGUGAUAGUCAUCGGUAUAUUGGGUCCGGUGAGUAUAUUCAGAUGAGUGGAAGGGCUGGGCGUCGUGGCAAAGAUGAGCGUGGUAUUUGCAUAAUAAUGAUCGAUGAGCAGAUGGAGAUGAAUACACUGAAAGACAUGGUUUUGGGUAAACCAGCUCCUUUAGUGAGUACAUUCAGACUGAGUUACUAUUCUAUUUUGAAUUUGAUGAGCCGUGCUGAAGGCCAAUUUACAGCUGAACAUGUGAUAAAGAAUUCAUUCCACCAAUUUCAGUAUGAAAAGGCUUUACCUGAUAUGGGGAACAAAAUCUCAAAGCUGGAGAAUGAAGCUGCUUCCCUUGAUGCUUCUGGAGAGGCUGAGGUUGCUGAAUACGAUAAGUUAAAACUUGACAUAGCUCAACAUGAAAAGAAGAUGAUGUCAGAAAUUACAAGGCCUGAAAGAGUUCUUUGUUUGCUUGAUACUGGCCGGCUGAUCAAGAUAAGGGAAGGUGGAACUGAUUGGGGCUGGGGAGUUGUAGUAAGUGUUGUUAAAAAGCCUUCAUCAGGUGCAGUCAUAACAGCCUCACGUGGUGGGGUGUAUAUAGUUGAUACUUUGCUUAAUUGUUCACCUGGUUCAAGUGAGAAUGGUUCCCGGCCAAAGCCAUGUCCACCCCGUCCUGGAGAAAAGGGUGAAAUGCAUGUGGUCCCUGUUCAGCUGCCUCUGAUUUCUGCCAUAAGCAAACUCAGACUGUCAGUUCCUUCAGAUCUUCGGCCCUUGGAAGCAAGGGAAAGCAUACUACUUGCACUAAAGGAGCUUGCAACUCGGUUUCCGCUAGGAUUUCCAAAGCUUCAUCCUGUGAAGGACAUGAAUAUAAAAGAUCCAGAGAUCGUCCAGUUGGUUAGUCAAAUUGAGGAACUUGAGAAGAAGUUAUAUGCUCAUCCAUUGCAUAAGUCUCAAGAUGAGAAUCAGAUAUUAAGUUUCCGAAGGAAAGCAGAGGUUAACCAUGAAAUUCAACAGCUUAAGACUAAAAUGCGUGAUUCCCAGCUUCACAAGUUCCGAGAUGAACUCAGGAAUCGUUCGCGUGUCCUGAAGAAGCUUGGCCAUGUUGAUGCUGAUGGUGUUGUCCAGUUAAAGGGACGGGCAGCCUGCUUGAUUGACACAGGAGAUGAACUACUUGUUACUGAGCUGAUGUUCAAUGGGACUUUCAAUGAUCUUGAUCACCACCAAGUUGCAGCCCUUGCAAGUUGUUUCAUUCCUGUUGACAAAUCAAGUGAGCAAAUAAAUUUGAGAACAGAGCUUGCUAAACCAUUGCAGCAGCUUCAGGAUAGUGCGAGAAAGAUAGCGGAGAUACAACACGAAUGCAAAUUGGAAAUAAAUGUUGAAGAGUAUGUGGAAUCAACUGUGAGGCCAUUCUUGAUGGAUGUCAUUUACUGUUGGUCAAAGGGUGCAAGUUUUGCAGAAGUUAUUCAGAUGACUGACAUAUUUGAGGGCAGUAUCAUCAGAAGUGCAAGAAGGCUUGAUGAGUUUUUGAACCAGUUGCGAGCUGCUGCUGCUGCCGUGGGAGAAGUCAAUUUGGAGAGCAAGUUUGCUGGAGCCAGUGAAAGCCUCCGCAGAGGAAUCAUGUUUGCAAAUUCUCUUUAUCUCUAAAAUUCUUUCGGCAGGUGUUGCUUGUGAAAUUGAAACCCUCAUGAUAUUGUUCUUUAGCAAAUAUAUUUAUCUGUAGCCAGUUGUAAAAUGUGCUAUAGGUAGGUAGGUUUCUCCUUCUCCCGGCUCCUCCCCCUCAUUACUAUAGCAUCAAUCUCUUUUCAAAAGCUUUGUUGUAUAUGUAUGAUUCAUAGCUUUUGAUUCAUUCUUCUUCUUGUAUACCUCAGAACACAAGGGAAAAGUUGCCCUGGAAUUAUAUCAAAAGCCUUUUUUUUUUUUAAAA